GUGUCAAAGUUAGAACCUUCUGAUAAGAUCUACCGAACGCGGCCGGUCACCAGCUACCAACUCGAACGAGACAAUGUAUCUCAAGGAAAUUCUGCUGGUUGCUGUUUUCAGCAUCGGGGUGAUCUCCGUUAUUGGAGAAUGUGAUAUCGGCUGGGCUGAAUUCAAGGAGGACUGCCUAUGGUUUAGUUCGUCCACCAACACGUGGUCAAAGGCGGAGGCCCAUUGUAGAUCCAUGGGAGGUUACCUAGCAACCGACGAUAAUGAGGACAAACACGAUUUUUUGACAGUCAUCCUCAACGUCCUAAGAAACUACCGUGCUAAUGUAUGGUUUAUCGGAGGGACUGACUACACUUUCGAGGGUCAAUAUCGCUGGCUGGAGACGGGAACGCACGUAGGACCGUUCACGAGGUGGGCUCCGGGUCAACCUAACGGUACAAUUGGGGAAAACUGCAUAGGUAUGAGGUGGGACGGGAUGGACCUGCUGUGGACGGACGAGCACUGUGAAACCGUCCAUCAGCCUCACAGUCACCACGCUCCACCAAUCGGAAACUACUACUACAUUUGUGAGAAACAUAACAACAAGACUGGGACUGCAGUGAUUGGCUGAGCCUUCAGUGAUUGCCACGACAUGACGUAAUAGAGUGACGUACUGGGUGAAAUUGUACCAGUAAAAGAUGUUGUGUUUAAUACAUUUCAAGAUUAAAAUUUGUACUUUUACCCU